UUGUCGUUUCUUCAGUUUAUCAACACUCCUGGCCGACUAUCACCUUCCUACGAUUGUGCUGGCCUUCCAGUUCUUCCUCUUCCACUGUUUCACUUCUCACACAAAUACACGGCUGUGAAGCUGAUCAAACAAGCCAUGGGCGACGUCCUCCGUGAAUGUCCCGGCUGUGAGCAAACAGUCGAGGUCAUCAGACCUAACGAGUACAACUGUGUGCAGUGCGAAUGUGGAAUUGUGUGGUGUAUAGACUGCAAAAAGGAACCACACUGGCCAAUGACCUGUGAGAUUGCAGCCGAAUGGAGAAGGCGAUGGAAGCAUCGCAGUGAGUUCACAGAAAAUCCAUCUUACUUCUGCGCAAUUCAUUUGGUCUAUCUGAUAAGUCCGUUGUCUGGGAGGAACAAUGAGUGGGUGUGUUGA